GAAAACCACAAUUCAGCUUUCCCACUUAGAAUCUCUCAAUUGACCAACAGCCUCAAUCUCACUUGACCUACUAGUCCCAGCCAGAAUCACUUCUGACCAUCUCAUUCUACCAUACAGAGACCAAUUCCUCUGAAAGAUUCACCACUCAACCACAAAGCACGAGGCAAACACAAGUCGCUCGCCGACACAAAAGGCUAACAAACAAAGCCUGAUCCUCAACUUCACUCUCCCCUACACCGCCUGCGACCUUCUCCUCCGCGAGGGCGUGACCCUGAUUUCGAGAUCGAAAGUCUUCACUUGAAGCACACCUCCAUCUCUGGCGCACAUACGUUGCCCCUCCAUCAUCAUACCUUCAUAACAAGCCACCUCGAACUAAUCCAAAAAUGACGGACGCUUUAGCAUCACAGCUAAACAAGACCUCGUUAAACGACGGUGCAGACGAGAGCAAUUGGAAAGAGUCACUCAAAAUCCCCAACAAGGAUACUAGACAACAGACUGAAGAUGUAACGGCUACGAAAGGUCUCGAUUUCGAGGACUUCUACAUCAAGCGCCAGUUGAUGAUGGGAAUCUUUGAGGCCGGAUUCGAAAAACCCUCACCUAUUCAAGAAGAAACCAUUCCAGUUGCCCUGACCGGUCGAGACAUCUUGGCCAGAGCGAAGAACGGCACCGGGAAAACCGCGGCCUUUGUCAUUCCUACCCUCGAGAGAAUCAACCCGAAGAACCCAAAGACGCAGGCGCUCCUGCUUGUCCCGACUCGAGAACUUGCCUUACAAACAUCACAAGUCUGCAAAUUACUCGGCAAACAUCUCGGCAUCAAUGUCAUGGUCACCACUGGUGGCACUGGUCUGAAAGAUGAUAUCAUUCGGCUGGGAGAGACGGUGCACAUCAUCGUCGGCACACCUGGCAGAAUCCUCGAUCUUGCAAGCAAAGGUGUUGCAGAUCUAUCUGAAUGCCCCAUCUUUGUCAUGGACGAGGCUGACAAGCUGCUGUCACCCGAGUUCACCGUGGUCAUUGAACAACUACUUGGUUUCCUUCCCAGAGAUCGACAGGUCAUGCUUUUCAGCGCAACAUUCCCCAUGAUGGUCAAGACAUUCAAAGACAAACACAUGCGCAAUCCUUACGAGAUCAACCUUAUGGACGAAUUGACGCUCCGCGGUAUUACUCAGUUUUACGCUUUCGUCGAAGAGAAACAGAAGGUUCACUGCUUGAACACUCUGUUCUCCAAACUCCAGAUUAACCAGUCGAUCAUCUUCUGUAACUCUACAAAUCGUGUCGAGCUCCUCGCGAAGAAGAUCACCGAAUUGGGAUAUUCUUGCUUUUACUCUCACGCCAAGAUGCUGCAGCAAAACCGAAACAAGGUCUUCCACGAUUUUCGUGCUGGUGUCUGCCGAAAUCUGGUCUGUUCCGAUCUUCUCACUCGUGGUAUUGAUAUUCAGGCUGUCAAUGUGGUGAUCAACUUCGACUUCCCCAAGAACGCCGAGACCUACCUCCACCGAAUCGGCCGUUCUGGUCGUUUUGGACAUCUUGGUCUGGCCAUCAAUCUGAUCAAUUGGGACGAUCGCUUCAACUUGUACAAGAUCGAACAAGAGCUUGGUACCGAGAUCCAACCAAUUCCCCAAUCCAUUGACAAAAAACUGUAUGUAUAUGACAGCCCGGAGAACAUUCCUCGACCGAUGCCUCCUCCGGCUCCGGCUUCUAGGGCCAAUAACGCUCCUAUGAUGUCAGCAAACGCUUCCAUGAGCCCUAAUGCGAAUGGUCAAGGCCAAGGUCGACGACAAUACAAUCAAUCCAAUGGAUAUGGACAACAGUACAACAAUCAAGGACGAAGCGGAUAUAGGGGUCGCGGCCGCGGUCAGGGUGGUCGAGGUCGUGGUGGCUAUGCUCACCAGGCAGCAGCUCCUGUCGGUCAAACUGCACAAUAGUUCGGGGGAACUAUCCGGCGUUGUUUUGAUCUAGCGAUUGUGUUUUUUUUUGUUUUCUUUUUACGGCGUUCGACCUACCACCAUGAUCACGAGGGUCUAUGAUAUGCGAAAUGCGCAAGCUUGGAGUUCGAUUGAUCAUGGCUAAUACAGGCUUCUAUCUUCUACCGGAUCUGUACAACAGUGUCCGUAUGGGUUUUUGCUUUCUUCGCGUUGGGCGGGGCGGAGCUUUCUGGAUGAUGAAGAUCGGGUAUAAAAGGCUUUUUCGUCCCGUGGCAUGCGCGCGGGCUUCGCGAGCAUCGAUGACCGGAUUGAUCAUGACACUGCAUUGUCAUGAAAAUGGGCCGUUUCGUUUUCUUGGAGUGGCUGAUGAGCGUUGCUAUCCACAAAAGGAAGGGGUCGAGCAGGUCUCAAGAUAGGCACGGCAGGUCUCCAUGGCGUUUGUAUGGGCUUUUCUUCUUACCUCCAUGCUGAUGGCAUAUCAAUCACCCAGUUACGCGACGACACUUUCAUUCUCCCCUACGACAUGAAACAUUUGUUUUCCUUCUCAGAAUCAUCACGACAUCCCAAGGUUGACGUGCCAAGGCAUCAUUACAUCUUUACUACGACGCAACUACCAAAACUCUCACACACCCUACUCCGCAUCAAUAUCAUUGAAGGUACGGACUGUUUCGACCUUUUCUUCUCAUCAUCGACGAGGGCAAUGAUAACGAUAAUGGUUUUCCAUUUCACCACCACACCCACCACGAUUCCCAUUACCGCCAUCACCCACGAUUCCUCGACUCUGUUCCUCUCAAUGCCCCCUUCCUCGUCAACGUACUAGAUACGCCGAGGAGAGGCUAAUCCUCUGGCCAUCAUUGUAUCUUCUCGACCACAUACAUCCACUGGCAAUCAAAGUUCUGCCAUACAUACAGCAAUAGUCUUGUACUUGCCUUGCCGCGGCGACGCCCGAUUCUAUCUUUUAUCGAUGGACGUCAAAAGUACAAGCACUCUUUUAUUUUCUUGUGUGUACGCAAGCAGAAAACAACACAAACGUUCACAAGCGCAGCCACAGCACGGCACAUGCAAGUUUCAACCUUCAGAUCAAGACAGACUUGUGAUGGGGAAAAAACACAAAACAAACAAAAAAAAAGAAUAGGAGGGAAGCCGAAAAAAAGUCGGAAUGCCGAGUUGGUUGAGGUCGAGGUUUGUUUCCUUUGAUGACUCGCCCAACCAUCAAGAAAAACUUUACUCCGGUGGACGUGCGAGAGGAAGACUCGGCCGAUGACUUGGACAAGGGCAAAGUCAAUGGCUUUUGAAGAUCAGGACGAAAAUGAAAUCAGAAUGAAAAGGACGAGGAUGCUUAGCACUCUUACUCGCAGAGUUUCCGGGUUCGUUGGCAAAGGUCCAGGGAAGAUUUUGGGGGGCUGUCUGCUACCUCGAGUUCUCAUCGCUGUAAAUUCCCUAGCUAGCCAGCCACCUAUCUUGGCCUCUCCAAAAAUGAACAAGAAAGCCAUUCUUCCCUCUGUCCUGAUGACCACCUACUUUUUCCCUUUGACACUUUGGUUGGUUUGAUUCUUGUGUGUGUGUGUGCGUGUGUCCAAUGCCUCGAUUCUUCUAUGCCCUGGCGGAUGGGAAAAGAGUCAACCGCCCUCCCUACCCUGCGCCGCCCACAACUACAAAUUCUAUCUCGCUCUCGAGACCCUUUUCAUUCUUUUCCAAUGUCACCAAGCAGUUCAACAGUAGAUGGAUCCACCGACACACCAAUAUCCAUCGCGACGACCAGGUAAAAUUGAGGACUGGGAAACACCAAGACCGAGGUGAAAAAACCGAACAGGUCUCAAUAGGUCAACCUCUUUUGCCCACCAUUCUUCCCGGGCCCACCACCGGAAUUCUUGUGGCUCGGUUUCGUGUACGAGCAAUAUCUGUCCUUGAUACUGACGACCUCGUAGACACCCUCGUCGCUGGCACGAAUCACCUUGGUAAACGCAUCGGAGGUGUCGUGCCGAGUCUCCAACACUUUGGGAGCAGAGCGGCUGCUUCUUUUGGCGUUUUCGGAUCGUAUGUACCUGUUCCCCAGAGCAAGAAGUGUUAGUACUUGUACUCAUCCAGACAGUCAUCACAAACAGGAUCAUCAAACCGAAGGGGCGGAGGAACAAGAAAUGAGGAAGAGAAACAUACGUAAACUCGAAUGGUGGCGUUCCGGUAAAUGAAAAACUGAUGUCGACUUCUCCACCCUCGUGGAUAUCGCUGACCAGAGUCUUGCCGCGGCCCAUUUCGACGGUCGGAUAAGGGUGAAUGACCUUUUUGAUCUCUUUUCUCGCUCGACAUUUGCCAUUACCCAUGGCAUUGUCGCUGACACCAGUGAUUACAAAAUCACCAGGGGACUCGGCGAGACGUCUGAACUCGUUUCCAGUAACAUGAGCCUUGCGCUCACGACCUUGAAAGGUAUAGUAGACGUCAAAGGGUGGUUGGCCACUGAGGGAGAAUGACACGUGCUCCCCGACACAGAAAUCGUCGUGCGACUCGAGGGCGAGGAUCGUAGGUGGGGACGACACGAAGAUGCGCACGGAUGAAGGGUCGGAUUCGAGAAUACUUUCGCAGCCACGGCUGUCCCUCACAGACCGGAUUGAUACGCUGUGCGUGCCUAGAUCAAGCGUGGAUCGAGACAAGGGCCAUGCGUACGUGCUAGACUGGAUGUCUUUCUGACGAAUGAUUUCCGGUCGUGAAGAAACGCCGUGGUGGACAAUGGCAAUUUCGAUACUGAACGGCGGAACACCGUUGAAGGUGAUGGGGAUAUUUUCGGUUUCCGCUUCGACGCUGGCUGUGAAGCUUGGGUCGUCCUUGCAAUACCCGUACGUCUUGCCAGGCUCGCUGAACUUGGCGCUUGGCGGAGCAUACACUUGCUGCUUGACAACGAGAGGUUUGAAAUGUCUCUUGUCGUGUGGGUAGCGAUUGUCGCUGAGCUCGUUCAGUGAGUAGGUAUAUUCUCCGGCUCUACUCGUGUCGAGGUUGAUCGUUGCACUGCUCCCAGCAAAGCUGCCCUCCUUGUUGCUUACAGCUGCUGGGCCUUUUAGUGGCUCAAACCUCUGUUGGUAUUUGAUGUGAUAAGGUCCGUUUCCACUGAAGCCCAGGAAAAGGGAAGAUUCGUCAUUUUGGCAGACCGGAGGCUUUCGUACAGAUCCGGCGUUGUCUCCCUGGACAUCGGAGUCUUUUAUGGCCAUUGUCGGUCGAGGUAUCCAGGUAACUUCGAACGUGUUGGCUUUGGCGUCAACCACACCUGGGCAGCUGUCGUGUACUGAAAUGAUCUCAUACGUUCCUGGUCUGUCAACUGCAAACACCGAGUUGGCAUUAAACAAUUUUUCUUCGAAAGAGCUGUCAGGGUGGUCCAGGUUUCGAAUGCGGACAGCCCAUGG